AUUUUAGACCUGGGUUAUUGCAGAAUCAGUCGCCACGAUGACAAUCACACGCAACAGACCUCUCGAGGACGAACUCGCUGAAGGUCUCGAUAUAGAAGAGGUGUUGAGUAUGAGCAGAGAGACACAAAGUGAUCUUCUUGAAGUUCGCAGAGAAGCAAGAUUGGACGCGAACCGACGUUCGGCCGAACAGGAAUAUGCAAGACGUGCUGCUCUACGAAGAGCUGGGCAGAGUCUACGUACUGGAGCAGCCCGCGGCAACGGUCAGUACGAUGACUACAUGGAGAUCGACGGGGAUUCUCCUCCACCUCGGCCCCCUCAGCAACCCCAGCAAUACCAGCAACCAUGGCCUCCCGUAGUACAAGCGCCGCAGAAUGUCGAAGUUGCAGAUCAGAACCUCAAUGUCAGUGAGCAAAGACGACAGCGUUUGCGUCGGAUCCUUCAAGACGCGAAUACUCAGCUCACACAACCAUUCGACGUUCUUGUUCCACGCAUAGCUCACCUCUCUGGACCCAAUCAAAGAAUGCUGGUGCAACAGAACGCUGAUGUACAAGACUUUGUUCUUUCCUUCCAGAGCCAUCGAAUCCAGGCGACAGUGCUCACAAUGCUAAGAGAAGAGAUGGAUCAAUUGACUGCACACGCGAGACAACUUUUACAAACGCAUCAUCUUUCGCAUCCGCAUUUAUGCAUCUUCAAUCAGCUACCGUUCUUCAUCAUGCAUCGACUUGCUCAUGGCGAUAGAGCGAGCUUACCAUUAUGGAUCGCAAAUUCAGAGCAAUUGUGUGUGCGUCUGCUUGUACAGCGCGAGACAGCAUGGCGCGAGGAGAGACAAAGGUAUCAUGACCUUCAGCGGGACAUCUGGCAAGAGUUGGAGCGCCAACAAGGAGAACAACAACAGCCUGAACAGCAGUCACAACCGCCCGAGCAGCAAGAACAGCAUCAGCAGAACCAGCAGGUCAAUCGGGAGCAGGAAUGGGAACGUGAAGAAUGGCACCGAGCGAAUAGGGAGCGAUAUCAUCAACUGCAGUUCGAGAGUUACUAUAACCAAGAGGGUGAACAAGCUGGGGUCCAAGCUGAACAGCGGGCUCAAGCUGAAAGACAGGCUCGAGCUGAACAACAAGCUCGGGCUGAACAGCAAGCUCAAGCACAACGACAAUAUCAGGCUAUACAGCAAGCUCGGGCUGAACAGCAAGCUCAAGCAGAACGACAAGCUCAGGCUGAGCACCAAGCUCGAGCUCAGGCCCAGGCUCGGGCUCUACAAGAUCAUUUCCAGCAAGCUCAGGCUCAACAUGAUGCUCGCACUCGGGCGUAUCUAAACAAUUUCGACCCUAACCGCGACCCCUCGCCCCGUCACCUCAUCCAAGCACGUAUGAACCAUCUCUCAUUCGAGCAACAACGCAGCAUCACACUCGUCCCCGCCAACAUCCAAGAACAUAUCCUUCGUGCCGUUCCCAAUGUUCAACGAAACAUGAUUGAAGCCAUCCAGACCCAACAAGCUGCUCUUAUGCAACGCAUGUCUCAUUUACCUCGGGCUGCCCAGACCUACCUCUCAAAUAAUGUGAUUCACUAUCAACAUUAUGUCCUUCGUCAGCCGCCUGCCGAUCAGCUUCCGGAGCUCUGGCGGCGUGUCAACAUCGAACGCGAUUCGCAAGUGGCUGCUGAGGAUGUCACACGUCCUUGGACUCAACCUCGUCCGCCAGGUUCAUGAACCACUGGAGGUGCUGGUGGGAGAUGACUGGUUUCUAACCCGACGGCAAUCUCAUAGACCGGACAUAGUUUGCUACCGCUAUC